CCUCCCCCGAUUCAAUAUAUAAAUUUACAUUAUUCUGCACACAAACCCUCGCCACCCCACAUGACCAACUUCCGUCAAACCGCGUUUCACCGCAACCCGUUAUCGAAUCGCCGCCCAUAAAUAUUAGGCUCCGCUGCUAAAGAAAUCAAAGAAACGCUCCGAUUCCCACUACCAUGGGCGGUGCUAAUUCCAACCCCGUCCCCGCCUACCACCCCACCUCCAAGCCCCCCACCGCCGCCUCCAGAAAAAGAACCAAUCUUUAUUCCUUAGCCUUCAUCCUCUGCCUCUGCUCCUUCUCUUACCUCCUCGGCGUCUGGCAGCACGGCGGCAGCGUUUCCUCCGUCUCCUCCUCCGCCGCCUCCAACUUAUUCGUCCGCGUCCCAUGCGGCUCCGCCCCCAACUCCACCACCACCGUCCGGCGCGAGUCCACUUCCUCGCGCGUGCAGCUUGACUUCUCCACCCACCACGAGGCGGCGGACGGCGUCGCCACCGCCGACACGGGGCAGACGUACCAGGCGUGCGACGUGAAGUACAGCGAGUACACUCCUUGCGAGGACUCGGCGAGGUCGUUGAAGUUUGACCGGGACCGGUUGAUAUACCGGGAGAGACACUGUCCGGAGAAAGGGGAGUUGUUGAAGUGUCGGGUUCCGGCGCCGUACGGGUACAAGAACCCGUUCUCUUGGCCGUCGAGCAGGGAUCUGGUGUGGUACGCGAACGUGCCGCAUAAGGAAUUGACGGUGGAGAAGGCGGUCCAGAACUGGAUCAGGUACGAGGGCGACCGGUUCAGAUUCCCUGGUGGCGGGACCAUGUUCCCUAACGGUGCAGACGCCUACAUCGACGACAUCGGCAAGUUGAUCAAUCUCAAAGAUGGGUCAAUCAGAACGGCCAUUGACACUGGCUGUGGGGUUGCGAGUUGGGGGGCAUACCUGCUGUCCAGGAACAUCAUAACAAUGUCAUUUGCUCCUAGGGACACCCACGAAGCUCAGGUCCAAUUUGCCUUGGAACGUGGGGUACCUGCCCUAAUCGGUGUCCUAGCCUCCAAUCGCCUACCCUACCCUUCCAGGGCAUUUGACAUGGCUCACUGCUCUCGCUGCCUCAUCCCCUGGGGCCAAUACGAUGGGAUUUACUUGAUCGAGGUGGAUCGGGUUCUCCGGCCGGGCGGGUACUGGAUCCUGUCGGGUCCUCCCGUCAACUGGAAGCACCACUUCAAGGGGUGGCAGAGAACAAAGGAUGAUUUGUACGCGGAGCAGAGCCAAAUUGAGAAGGUUGCCAAGAGACUCUGCUGGGUGAAGCUGAUUGAGAAGGAUGAUAUUGCCAUUUGGCAGAAACCCAUCAAUCAUGUGAACUGCAAGGCCAAUCGAAAGUUCGCCAAAGUCCCGCCGCCUUUCUGCCCCGCCCAGGAUCCCGAUGCGGCGUGGUACACAAAAAUGGAGAUAUGCUUGACACGUUUGCCCGAAGUUUCGGACGCCGGGGAAGUGGCGGGCGGAGCCCUGGAAAAAUGGCCGGCGAGACUAAGCGCGAUACCGCCGAGGAUUAGCCGGGGGAUCAUAACAGGGGUGACGGCGGAGACUUUCCGGGAAGACUCGGAGCUGUGGAAGAGGAGAGUGUCAUACUACAAAACAGUGAACAAUCAGCUAGGCCUGCCCGGCAGGUACCGCAACCUGCUCGACAUGAACGCGAACUUGGGCGGGUUCGCGGCCGCGCUCAUCAACGACCCGGUUUGGGUGAUGAACGUGGUUCCUGCCGAGGCCAAGACCAACACUCUCGGCGUAAUUUACGAGCGGGGAUUGAUCGGAACAUACCAGAACUGGUGUGAAGCAAUGUCAACAUACCCAAGAACAUACGAUCUUAUGCAUGCCGACUCUGUUUUCACACUCUACAAGGACAGGUGUGAAAUGGAGGACAUAGUGUUGGAGAUGGACAGAGUGCUGAGGCCGGAGGGAGGAGUGAUAAUGAGAGACGAUGUGGAUGUGCUGGUGAAGGUGAAGAGAAUUGCAGAUGGGAUGAACUGGGACAGCCAAAUAGUUGACCACGAGGAUGGGCCGAUGGAGAGGGAGAAGCUUCUGUUUGCCGUGAAGACUUAUUGGACGGCUCCGGCGGAGAGCUCUUCUAAAUCGUCCUAGUGUUUAAUUCCCUCUGCUUUUGUUUUCUUCUCUUUCUUUCUGUUUUUGGUCUUUCGCUCCACCUCCACCCCUCAACCUCUCUCUACCCAUUUUGUUUUCUAUUUAAUUCUUUUGUGAUUAGUUCAAAUCCGGCAGUAGCAAACUAACACAUGGCAGUAUUUUGUAUCUUCUCUUAUAUUAAAAAAAGGGGGAAAAUCCAUUAAUUGGAAUCCACUGGUGAAUUUGGUGGU